AUGCAAUUACCAAACGCCAGUUUAGUAAGUGAAUUUUUAUUAAAUUAUGGAUUUGCAUUUUUCAGUAUUUGUAUUGCUGAAUUAGGAUGUUUUGGAUGUUUAAUGUAUAUGUUUGGAGUAUUAUGUGAUAGAAAUCCAGGAGUAGCCAAAGGAAUAACAAUAUUUGUCUGGAUAUUGACAUUCAUCCAAUCAUUUUUAUUUUUUAUGACAUAUCCAAUCUACUUACCGUUGUUGGCAAUUUUCCAACAUUUAGUUAGUAUUUUCUUAGUUAUAAAAAUUCCAACUAUCGUUAUACUUUCAACUCAAUUUUAUAUUGUAGCAGUUUCGUCUGGAAUAUCACAACUUGUGAUAUGUUAUUUAUUCAUUUUUGGUUCUUAUCAACUUCAUGAAUUUAUUUUAGUUGUUAUAACUUUCCAGGCUGUUUCCAUUCUCUUACUUUCUUCAGUCCAACUCAAUGGUGAACGUUUUGUUUCAAAUGAAUUAUCUCAAUCAUAUAACAUCAUGACUAAUCUUGCACAAAAAGUCGCUAAAUGGUUAAGUAUUAAAGGAGGGGUUUUAUACAAGAAAAAUUAA